CCGUGACUUGUGGCCGGCCACCAACCAUUUUAAAUGACAAAGUCGUGUCCAUACAUGAUGUCAGCUACUUAUCUGAAGCUCACUACGCGUGCCCGCCGGGAUAUUCAGUUCAACCGACAAAUAUUAGUGUCUGCACCGCCAGAGGUAUCUGGGAACCGACCAAUCUGAACUGCUCACCCGUUUACUGCGGCUCAGCACGCCAGUGUCCAAAUGCUCAGUUCCUGAGCAAAGUACGCCAGAAGUACGAAGUUGGUAGCCAGGUGGCCUACAAGUGCGUCGAAGGUUGGGCGCCGACCGGAAUACACGUAGCUGUAUGCUCUGACGAGGGCGUUUGGAAUGCAAACGGUUUUAAGUGUCAAA